CGCUAAUAGUAGUUGUAGACAUUUGGCACAAGAGAAAGCAGAGGGAUAGGUCGUCGUCGGUUGGAGAUGGAUUUUUGCUUCAUUCGAUUCCGUACUGAUACGCAUACGCGACCGCCAGCUGUUCCGUUACAAAGAAUUAAAAUGUUGCGCGCUCUUCUUGCAUUCCUCGUGAUGGAUCGAUCGAUCGGGGCAUCCCGCAUCCACGUCCAAAGCGAGUCCUCGAUGCAAAAGCGGCAGGGAUGGUGCUUUCGCUCGGUCGCGUUUACGCGAUUCCCAUCUCGGCCUGGGCGAGGUUGACCUUGGCGCGGUGGAUCUUGCGGUACAAGAAGAAGGAGUAGGCUCCGAGAAGGGCGGUGGUCAAUCCAAAGAUAACGGCAAAGGCGGUAGCCGCGCUGCUUCCGCCGACGGAGGAAGUGGAUCCGCCCGAAAUCUUUCGUGCGGCAUUGUGCAAGUUGGGAAGGAUGUUGUUGAUGAAGUCACAUGCGCUGGUGUCGGCGUAGAAAUACUGUCCGAGGUAGUUCGACAAUUUGGUCUCACAUUUGGCAGACAUUUCGUACGAUUGCUGGCAGAGCUCAGUGGUUUCGUAGUUCUGGUUGUAGUUUUGGUUGUCUGUAUUUAUAAAAAAAGGCGUUGUUAGUGUUGAACACAAUCAAAAUUGAUUAUUGCAUCGACGAACUUUGUGAUCAACGUGAUAAAUUCAGUCGCACUUACUGUUGUUGUUUCCGUUGUUGUUGUUGUUGUUGUUGUUGUUGUUGUUGUCGUUGGCAUCUUCGUCAACCUGAAGACAAGAGAGACAUUCGUUCACGGCAAUGAUGGGUUCACUUGAGUAAGGAAGGGAGCUUCCGUAGUUGAAAGCCUCGUACACACCGGAUCCGGCAGAAUUAGUGCAGCCAUUAUCGGUGAAGACUCCCAAGUGGAUGCUCUUGCCAUCUUUGUGAGAGCACUUGGCACCGAUGAAGUACUGUGCGUACAUGUUGACUCCGUUGUUGUUGUUGUUGUUGUUGUUGCUGUAGUAAUUGUUGUUGUUGUUGUUGUUGUUGUUACCCUCGGCACCUUCCAUUUCUGUGGUCAAUUUUUUGAGAAGGGAGAAAAACGAGUCACGUGUGAAAAAACGACACGGCAUCUUAAUGAUAAUACUACUCAAUGUGCGAACAAGAUUUGAACGUACCUUUGCAUUCCAUGUAUUCGGCAAGGUUGAAUUCUUCCUGUCCCUCGACUUCAAUACAGGAUUCCAUGCCUUGAUCAACGUAGCACUGGUUUUCGCAGGCUUGGUCGUCGUUGGCAUUGUCGCAGUAGCAGUACUCGGCAAUGGUUUCGCAAGCUUGCUCCUUUUGCUGCUCCUUCAUCUCAACGUAGGCUUCGACAAACUCUUGCAUGUUAACCACGUACUGGGCAAUUCCGCUGCCGCAGUCACUGCAGCUUCCGGUGUUUCCGGGGCAGACAACGAACUUGACCAAGUUUUGGGUGUAGAGGAUGCCCUCGUCAUCACCUCCUCCUUCCUCUCGGACUUGGAUAAGGGAAGCACACGAAUCGUACUUGAUGGAGUAUCCAGCUAACCAGGAGGCAUCUUGAUCGUUUUGUUCUUGGUUCUGGUUGUUGUUUUGUUCAAGACGACGAGCCUUGGACAAGAUUCUCUUUCCCAUCGUGGAGGUGGUGGGGAUGUUGAGAUCGGGGAUCAUGGUCUCGGCAGAAGCGUAGGCAGCGAGGGCUGCGAAAACGGCGGAUCGGAACAACAUGGUGGGUAUAUCGUUCUUGGUGGAAAUGGAUAUUAUGACAGGAUAUGGAGGGGGAAGCGGCCGGAGAUGGAGUUUCGGAAAGUACCGAAAACCAAAGUCGCUGUUCUUGCGCGCCAAGCAUUGCUCUCAUAACGAGCGAUGCGAACGCCGGCAACGGUCGGAUUUGGUCGGGGGUGGUAAGCCAAUCGAUGACCAACAUUUCUGUGCGCGCCAAAUUUCGUCUAAAUCCGGAAAAAUGUUUAGCCAGUUUAGCGAUAGUAGUUUAGAGAGGCGAUGAUCAUUGAAAAUCAAUUACAUUUAUCGAAGAACAAGCACGCGUCAGAUUGCGCGCAAUCGAUGGGUUGAUCCGUUGUAACGGAGUGUCCGAUCCCGUGUAUGCCCAUUCCGUUUAAAUAAAGAGGGUUCCGAGCGUGUCAACCAAAAAUUGGAUCUUUGGAUGUGCAACCUUCUCUAAAAAUAAAUGUUGUGACAUGUGUCAACGCUCGAAAAACGUCUUUCAUUUUGAUGCGGAGGGUUCCCUACUCAACUACUUUUAUACCGUACAUAAGAUAUGAUACCUACCGUAUGAAGAAUAUAGUUCCUAUUCAUUGUAAUGUUCCUUAGCCCCAACCUUAAAAAUGUUUUGGGUCGGGUUGGGGUUAGUGUACCACACGUAUUUGGAAGGUUUUGCGCGGCAGCCAUUCGUUGGGAAACCAUGAUUGCGGUACAUCCUCGCGUGUGUGUGACACGGGACUUCACUGCUCUUCGCGUUCUUCUUCGAACAGGAAGCGUACGAGUACUGUAUCGAGUUUUUAGAAAGUACUUUACCAGGUACGAUCCACUUGAGUUUUGCAAAUGGAAGGAAAAAAUACGAUCCCGAACGAACGCCAUCUGCGUUGUACGUAGUAACUCGUACGUACCACACGUCACGUUACUGUAUCCUCAAGAAAUUCUGUUUCGAGUGAGAAUCUUUCGAAAUCAUUGGAGUUUUCCUUCUCUUUCAGCUGCUUUUCGUAUCCUUAUUCUGCCUUACAGCAUAAGACUAUCACAGCGUACCAUAGCGUACCAUAAAGUAUCGCCUGCGAAGCUUUCUUGAGUGGAAACCAUCAGACAAGAAACCUGGGAGGAUAGUAAUUUAAAGAGAUAGAGAUAUGUCAGUGCCUUGUAGACUACAAAGAAAAGAAGGAAACCAGAAGGUUGCAACCCUUUUGUUGCUUUGCACUGUUGCCUGCGCUCGCAUCCUUGCGCCAAAUUCGUCGCCUUCGUUUCCGGUGGCACGUGCUUUCGCGUUUGCGAGGAACGGUGAGACUCGGACAGUUUCGACGAAAGAAACCCCCGAACAGCUUUCCCGGUGGAAGCUCAAACAACCAACUCAAAAGAAAUUCCGAACGUCUCCGCUGUCUUCCACCGAUGAUGCUUUCCGUACGCAACCAGCAGCCACAACCACAAAACCAGUCAUCAACGGAGCUUCUUCCACCGAAGCGACGUUCGAGAGUCACGACAACGCCUUCGAAGAGGUCCAGAAGAACAAGAACAAUAUUUCACAGCUGCUCGACAAAUUCCGCGCCGCCUCCAACUUUGCCAGCAUCCUGUGCGUGCUGGACUGCACCCUCUUGCCGAUCAUAACGGUGUGCUUGCCMCUUUUGGGUCUGGUCAAUCUGAGCACCGACAAGUUGCAGAUGAUCGACAGCCUGGGCCACACACUGGCGCUAUCGUUCGUCCUACCGGUGGCAUCGCUGACGACGGCCAUCAAUUAUUGGGGACACCGCAGAAAGCGGAUUGCCUCCGUGGCCCUGCUUGGAAUCCUACUGGUGGGCACCGCCAAUUCACAUUGGCACUUGCCCCACUCGUGGCCCGCAAUUCUGACUGGUGCGAUUCACAAAGUACAGAGCUGCGGCGGAACUCAUCCUUCUGUGUGGCACAGGAUCGCAAACACAGGAGGAUGUGCCCUGUUGCUUGCAUCGAAUUAUCUCUCGCAACAGCAAGAGGGCUGUGCCACUCAUAAGAUUGCCGGGGCCAGUGAUUGCUGUGGACACGAUCACAAUCAUUGAGUGGAACUAUCGCGGUGCGCGACCACAGCAAAGGAGGAAGGAUGCGAUCGGCAUGAAAUGAAAUGAUUGUCUUAAACAUUGAUACGAGAUGCGGUAUGAUAAGAAAACAAUAGAAUUCGACAGAAAAGGAUUCUAUCUUCUAGCUCAUCUCGACCAACGAUAUUGACAACCUCACUCAACAAUUACGAUGGCGUUGUCUCAAGGUUUGAUUAGAGGCAAUUUUCAGCUAGUUGUAGGUCUCUUUUGUAGCCUCGUACCGCAAAAUAUAAAUUGGCUUCUAAUUUUCAAAUAGAACUCGUUAUCGUGC